AUGGGGUUACAAGUAGUAGUAGAAAAGCAGAGGAGCACCAUAUCGGGGAGGAGGCCACCAGAGGAGCUGCGAGUCUCAGCGAGAUUGAAGCGCAGAAGCAAACCUUGCGAAGAACUUGAAAAAGAAGUUGAGCAACUAAAACGGCAAGUACAAGUAAGAGAUGGCCAAAUUCGACAAUUAGAGUCGAAUGUGAAAUAUCCAUUAAAUGUGAAGGAUGAAAAUAUUCAAGAGUAUCAGGACAGAAUAACAGCACUAGAAGUGGAAGUUUCGGAGUGCAAUAGCAAGAUAAAGGAUUUGGAAGCUGAAAUUGAAAGACUGAAACUUAAGAACUCCAAUCAGAGAAGUCGACUAGAUAAACAUAGCAAUCGAAUCGCAUCUCUGGAAAGUGAAAAGUUGAAAGAUAGCGAUAAAAUCGCAGAAAAUAUGAGGCACAUCCAGUCACUCCAGCAAAAAGUGGAAGAAUUGUCUGAAGUGCCUCAUAUGAUAUACAUUGGCCAGAUAGCUUAUAAUUUCUGCUUGAACGCCUACCGUGUCGUAAUGGGCGAUCAAUUCGACAAGUACCAUCUUAGAUAUCACAUGUCAGAAAUCGAGAAUGAGAUAAAAAAAAUGCCAGACGUCCAACAAAAGGAAGCCGAACGGAAGUGGAAAAAGUUCCAAGAAGAUGUUCACUGGGAACCGGAAAUGGGAGAAGUCCUGAAACUACUGCGGCAAUCACGAAAUUCAGUUGCUCAUGUAAAACAUCUCAAUAAAGGCAAAGCAGAGGAAGCAAUCAAGGAAUUGCAAAAACAAGAAGAGCUGAUAGGCCCCAUCCGUCCGGAUAAAGUUCAGUCCGUAGUGGAUAUGUGGGAAAUUUCAUGCCGUCUUCAAACUCACAACUCGCAGAAACACUGA